AUUCUUUGUCCAUAGAGUUUCGUACAACAGAGAAAGAUGGGAAAUUUUAAAGGUCAUGCACUUCCUGGGAGUUUUUUCCUUCUCUUUGGCUUAUGGUGGUCUGUGAAAUAUCCAAUCAUGCACCUCUGUCGAAGGAAAAAGAACUCAUCUUCCCUGGGUUCCAAGGCAGGAUUACGACGCUUAGAAUUUACUGAGGGCAUCAUCAAAACUGCCUUUGCUCUCAUUGGAAUGGUAGCUGAGCAGUUUGUUCCUGACGGACCUCAUCUGAAGCUGUACAGUUAUGAAAAGAAACAAUGGGAUCACUUAAUGAACUGGCAGCAUGCAACCAUGUAUCUCUUCUAUGGUAUCUCAGGGCUGGUAGAUAUUGUGGCACAUAGCACUAAUGUGUUACCAGUAGCAUUGGACAGAAUGAUGCUAUCCCUUGCAGUUUCUGUGGAAGGUUUUCUAUUUUAUUACCAUAUCCAUGGGCGUGCUAUGUUAGAUCUUCACGUGCAUCAGUUACUUUUAGUGGCCAUCUUUGCAACAGCCAUCUGCAUAUUCUUGGAAGUCUUCUUCCGUGGCAUCGUUGUCCUUGAGAUGUUCCGGACAAGUCUUUGCAUACUGCAAGGGAGCUGGUUCUGGCAGAUUGGAUUUGUACUUUAUCCUCCAAGUGGGAGUCCAGAAUGGAACCAAAUGGAUCAUAAUAACAUAAUGUUUCUCACAAUGUGCUAUUGCUGGCAUUAUGCAUUUGCACUUCUCAUAAUGGCAUUGAAUUAUACUAUUGUCAGCUGGGUAGUUCGUUCAAGACUAAAACAAGCCCCAGCAAUGGAAAUUGGAUUACUGAAAACGUCCGAACGAGACCAGGAGUCAGAAGAUGAGAUCUAGUUUAGCAUAGCUAUUUUCUCAUAGUAUACCAUCUCUACCUUCCGUUCCUGAGCUGUAAUGGUUUUGUUUACCAUGUCAUUUAGGCUUACACAAUCCGUG